CACUUAGAUCCUUACAAGCAAUAUCAGACCACAAAGGUAUGAAUAUACGGCACCACAGUGCCAAGAGGCCCAGAAUGUCCCUUGGCACCAGUCCAAGAGCAAUAACUGAGGGGUCAAGAAUCAAGAACAGUUAGGAACAAUUGCGCUUCGCCAUAAAUUUUUGACCCCUGAGUAUUGUACUCCACGGUACCGUACCGUAUGGUACACGGACUCGUCCGCCCCCUCACGUCCAACGGUAUGGGGACGAGAUGAUCUUCUUACAUGCUGACUGCCGGCCAAGAAAAGACCAUUCCACCGGUACGGUACGAAGGAAACAAAAAAUGUACACUGCAUCAUGGCGUCAAGAUUUCUAAAACGACGAUUUACAACAAACCUUCUAGGAUGGCCAACCGACGUCACUAGCGUCGAUCCCAACCCAGCUAGCUGCCACAAUGCAACCGUGCACACAAUUAUUGUGUGGAUUCCAGGGAAUCCUGGACAAUACGACUGGUACAAUUCGGAUUUUCUAGAAAUUUUGUCUGCCCUUGGGCAUGGGUACGCCAUCCGCUCCUUAUCGCAUGCUGGUCAUGGAUUGAUGGUAAGUAUCGGCGAAAAUUGUGGCGCCGAUCACUCUAGCUCGACUAUGGACAUCGAAGGUCACUGCCACCGCUGUCGAGCAGACAACGAGGAAACUAACGGACCUAGUCCUCGCAUUCCCUGGACCGUAAAAGGCCAAGUGCUCCAUAAGAUCGCUUUUGUGGAUAGUCUGUUGCGUGAAAUCACUGGAGGGGAUCGCUACAGCGAGCACGAACGUAAACAAACGUGUCGAUUCACACCCAAUCCGAGAUUCAUAUUCAUAGGGCAUUCCUUCGGGUGCCACAUUAUCCAACGAAUGUGCGUCCUUCGUCCCGAUAUUUUAGAACGCACAACGGGAUUUUUGUUUCUGAUGCCUUAUAUAAGAACAAAACCCCUUUUUGUGACAGAAAAAAAGAAACUGGAUGUUGGCGGAUCCUAUCCAGAACAUUUGAUAUUAGUCGCCACUAAGCUGUCUCAGUUGUUGAAAUUCUUUCCAGAACCCAUUGUUCGAGGACUGAUUCGGAAAGGAUUGCAGGGUGAUAGCAGCGGAAACGAUGACGGGGGUAUCGAUGGUGAAAGCAUAGCAAACGUGACCACCAAACUCCUAUGCAAUCCCCUUUAUCCACGCAACUUUUUCGAAUUAGGUACGGAAGAAAUAAGGGACAUACCAAACGAAAUCGACACAACCGCUCUGCGUCUGCUAUCUUCGCGCAAACUACUGUUACCCCAGAAUAAAACUUCAAUGGGAACUGGCUCUCAGCGGGACGUGGCGCAAAAACGUCGUAUUUUCAUUUUAUAUGCCGGUGACAACGAUCAGUGGUGCCCAUCUUUUCACGGGGAGGAAAUAAAUGCGCUACAAUCCGUCAAAGUUUUGCCAGCGUCGAUAGAAAGAACCAAGAUGUCGGGAUUGAGACAUGACUACGUUUGCCAAGAUCCAGCGGCGCGAUCCAGGGUAAACAAUUGGUGUAUUUCAAACAUUCUCAAAAUGACGAGCGAUAGCACCAGAGCUCACGCGAACAAGCUGUCGAGAACACCAGAUGUGUUGUCAAGUAAACUAUAGCGAAAGCCUAUGUAGAGAAAGGAACAACUUUUCGAACCACGGUCCAAAUGUUACAACGACUGCCUGUGGUCUGGUCCGCGUCUUCUCAAUCUCAUUCUGUAUACAUGUUGGCAAGCCAACCUCAUCAAUUACGUCCUAUCCUGCCUGAAGUAGUUGCACCUCUGUAGGAGAAUCCUACAUGUCAUCCCGCAGUUAGAAGAUCCCCAAUAUUUGGAACGAAUCACCUUCAUAUCACCUCUAAUUUUGUACGACAUGACCCACCUAUUUCAGUUUAGCAGGGAGCGUGCCGUACGGUAGAGAGGGAGUUGUACCGAUACAAGAGCGAGUCUGUUGCUGUUUAGGUUGUGUUCAUCAUCUCAAAGAUGGAUUUUCAAUUUGGGUUUUUCUUGAUCCGGGGGGGCUGUCUUUCUGAUUUCUCACCGAAAACUCGUUUUCAAAAUCGUGUCUCGCCCGCCCGCCUGCCGGCCGCAGCGCGCAUACUUAAAUUCAA